AUGGCAGAUCCAGCUCUGUCUCCCAGGAAAGCCAAAACGUGUCUGCUAAGCCGCUUUAAGCCUUCACCCUCACUGGCAGAACUCCAGGCCAGAGAAAAAAGAUUUGUUUUGGACAGUGUGGCUGUGGAGAGUAUUUCUAAAGACUACAGCUACUCGUUACCGAAACUGGGCUCCGUUAUCCCCCCUUACAAUGCACAGAAGGAUUCCCACGUUGGAAACUAUUUCCAAGCUAAGCCAGUCCCCGCUGUACUAAAGAAGACUGGACAGACACAUGGAGGGACAUCAACGCAUGGGGAAUUGGCAGAUCGUUUUCAGUACCAAGGAGCCGCUGCACUUUAUCUUCUAACCAGGAAUAACUGUGGUGCAGGUCACUCUGCUCUGUACACUAGAGGUCAUGGCUUCUUCCUUUCUUCAGUCAAACCUGUAUAUGGAUACAAUGGAAACUACGGAUACCGAAGAAACACCCCCUCCCUGAGAAGAAUGCCCUCUCCUUUUGGAACUGUUAUCUAUUCACCAAUUUAUUAA